AAAUUCUUUUACUCCAUUAUUUAAGUGAACAAUCAUUAUGUAAAUUUUCUAUCAAAAAAACCAAAAAAAUAAAAAAAAUUCAUACAUUUUCAAUUUCAAUUUCUUGUAAAUAAAUUAAGAAGGGGAAAAGGGUGACGAUAAUAAGUUCAUUCUUCAAUUACAAUUCGCAAUUUCAUGAUUACAAUCCUCCAUUAAAAUAAACUUCGAAUCUCCAUUAAUUGCUCUCUCUUUCCUUGAACCACCGAUUCUCGCUACUCAAUAAGAUCUCAAUCAACAUGGAUUUCAUGAAGGUUGUCGAUCAAGCUGUUCGCGAAAUAAAACGAGAGGUGAACUUGAAGGUAUUGAAGGUUCCUGAGAUCGAACAAAAGGUGCUGGAUGCAACUGAUAAUGAGCCUUGGGGCCCUCAUGGAAGUGCACUGGCAGAAAUAGCUGUAGCCACCAAAAAAUUUUCUGAAUGCCAGAUGGUUAUGAAUGUUCUCUGGACAAGAUUGGGAGAAACUGGCAAGGAUUGGCGUUAUGUUUAUAAGGCACUGGCUGUGAUAGAGUAUCUCAUUGCCAAUGGAUCUGAACGAGCUGUUGAUGAGAUCAUAGAACAUACUUUUCAAAUCUCAGUAUGAA